CCAGCUGCCUCCAACUUCCUCAAUCCGGCAGCAUAAAAGAGCCGCGGCGGCGGCACCCGCAUCCCGGCCCGCGCCGCGCUCCCGCCGACAGCGCCAUGCCUGGGCUGUGGUGGCCCCGUCUGCUGGCCCUGCUGGUGCCCGUGGCGGCGGCGGCCCAGCUGCGCCCCGAGCCGGCGCUGGACGCCCAGUGGGAGCUGUGGAAGAAAAGCUACCGGAAGCAGUACAACGGCGAGGCGGACGAGCUCUCGCGGCGGCUGAUCUGGGAGAAAAACCUGCGGUACAUCGGGGCGCACAACCUGGAGCACGCGCGGGGCGCCCGCACCUUCGAGCUGGCCAUGAACCACCUGGGCGACAUGACCAGCGAGGAGGUGGUGAGGACCAUGACGGGCCUCAAGGUGCCGCGGGGCCGCCCGCGCCGCAACGACACGCUCUACGCGGCCGACGGGGCCGAGCGGCCGCCGGCCGCCGUCGACUGGAGGAAGAAGGGCUACGUGACGCCCGUGAAGAACCAGGGCCAGUGCGGGUCGUGCUGGGCUUUCAGCUCCGUGGGCGCCCUGGAGGGGCAGCUGAAGAGGAAGACGGGCAAGCUGCUCUCGCUGAGCCCCCAAAACCUGGUGGACUGCGUGACCAACAACGACGGCUGCGGCGGCGGCUACAUGACCAACGCGUUCGAGUACGUCCGGCAGAACCGCGGCAUCGACUCCGAGGACGCCUACCCCUACGUCGGCCAGGACGAGAGCUGCAUGUACAACCCCACCGGGAAGGCGGCCAAGUGCCGAGGCUACCGGGAGAUCCCCGAAGGGAACGAGAAGGCUUUGAAGAGGGCCGUGGCCAGGAUCGGCCCCGUCUCCGUGGGCAUCGACGCCAGCCUGCCCUCCUUCCAGUUCUACAGCCGGGGCGUCUACUACGACGAGAGCUGCAACGCGCAGAACAUCAACCACGCGGUGCUGGCGGUGGGCUACGGCGCGCAGAAGGGCACCAAGCACUGGAUCAUCAAGAACAGCUGGGGCGAAGAGUGGGGCAACAAGGGCUACGUCCUGCUGGCGCGCAACAUGAACAACGCCUGCGGCGUCGCCAACCUCGCCAGCUUCCCCAAGAUGUGAGCGCUCCCGCGCCGCCGAGCGCCUCCCGGCUGCCCCCCUUCCCCGCGGGCGAAUGCGGCCUUUUUACCCUCUCCGAAGCAGACGUCCCGGCGGGGGAUCUCUCCCUCCCCACUAAGGGAGCUUCCCAAAGGAGAGGGGAGAGAUCCCCCCCCCCUCCCGCCGCGGUGCGAUUUACCCCCCAACCCCGCUCCGUUAUCCCCAGGCCUGGUGCCGUCCCCCUUCCCCUCGGCCGCGCGUGGCCGCUCCCUCCUUCCCGCGGCUCCGGAGAGUCUGAUGGGGCCGGAGACGCUCGUGCGAACAGGCCUCGCGCCGGCCUCUGCCUCUGGGAAGAGGUCGCGUGGGCAUGUGGGCGGCACCGCACCGGCUCUGCCGCCUUCCCCCCGCGCAGCGUGCGGAUCCGGCCUCGCCGCAUGUCCCGUCCGUCUCCCCCCCCCCGCCCCCAACGCCUGGAGUCCCAGGGGGCUGCCGAGAAUGAUACAAUUUUAUUUUUAAAAUAAACACUGUUGGGAAUAGAA